UACAGACGUGUAAUUUUCUUCCCCCAGGAUUUAUAGUCGCAUUCGUAUGCGUUUUCUAGGAUAUGAACGGAAGGAAACCGCGUUCAGUUCCGAGAUAAAGUUUAUGGGAAUGGAUCAAGUUCAAAGAAUUUUCCAGAUCUCUCGCGAAAGCUUAAGCAUGGUUGUACACACCGCCCGUAGGAACAGGUUACACGAUCUCAUCAGUACACGAUGGUGUCUCCCUCGCGAUGGCGGAUCUCCCUGUGGAACAAGCGGGAUAUUGAAACGAGGGGACAAGAGAAACCAGCCAAGGGAAAGAGAAGCAGAUAUCGAGAGAGAGGAAGAUAAGACCGUUGCAAAAGAAUGGCUCUCGGCAAUUUCUGCUCUUUCAAGCGAGUUCGACGCCAGGGUUACACAUUAA